ACUGUACUACGAAUGGGGCUUCUACGCCUGCUGAGGGAGGGGCCGGCGAGGCCUUCAGUGGAGUACGGUGGCCCGGAGUGGGCAGCUGUGGGCACGAGUGUCCGGGCGAUGGCUGCGUGGCCCGGGCGGAUGGUAGCCAGUUUUCAGAAGUGACUUUCGCUUGGGAACCGGACAGUCCAGGGAUGUGGCAGGAACACAGAGCUCUUUCCGUAGGUGACCUCAACUGACCAGAUGUGGUAAAGAAGCUUCUCCGUCCCUUGCUCUGUUACCGAGAGAGUCCAGCGCUGGUGAGUGAGUGAGGGGACUGAGGAAGCAAAUGGCUGCUGAGGACAGACAGACACUGAAGUGAUCUUCAUGCAGCCAGUCCCAGCUCUGCACUCAUGACUAGGCGACACCUUGGGGACCAUGGGCAGCAGCUCCCGUGUGACACCCUUCUGUGACUCAAAACAGUUCUGUACAGUGUUCAUCAGCAACAAAGUCAACUCGUUUCUGCGUCCUCCUUUCUGUAUCUGAACCUGCUUAGCCCUCUGGCCUCUGCAGAUUCCAAGAUAGGCUUCACUGAGGAAACAUCUUAGAGAUCAAUUGUAUUUCUAAGCCUUCAAUAUUUACUCCUUGUGGCUGUUGACCCUCUUUUGAAAUAAAUUUUGGAAAUCAAAAUGGAAGGUGUCCAAGUAAUUUUGGAUCAGUUAUACAGGAAAGUACUUCUUGGAGCCACCCUUGAAGAUGACGUCUAUGGUUACAUCUUUUAUCUCAACCCAGAUCUCUCAGAACAAGAUGGCUGUCCAACCUUCUCCGUACCUCAGUGUAAUGUCAGUGGCAUGCUCCAUGGCCUGGCAGGCCAGCGGGGGCCAUCCUCCCACAAGGUGGCCGUCCUUCCUGAAGCACAAGAGUCUUCCAAGAUGACUAGGGCCUGGGAGGUGAAGCUCCUUCAGCUCACGGUGAUUGACACGGUACUGCGCAGAGUACUGUCUGCUGAACCUGAGACCCACGCAAAGGAGGGGUACAGAGAGCUAGCUGAAGUCCUUUUGCAGUCUGUUGAACUCGAUUCCAAAUUGAUCUGCAUGCUCCAGAAUUCCGAUAAAUUAUUGUCCCACAUGGCUGCAAAGUGCCUCGCCUCGCUCCUGUAUUUCCAGCUGAGAGAGAAGAAAACGUUGAGUGAUUCCUGGGUCACUUCUUGCCAGAGGCAUCUCUCUGAGUCCUCUGAGAGUGGCGAAGCAGUGCAUUGCCUCUGGAUCCUUACAGCCGUAAUAAAAGAGAUCUUUAAAGAUACACACUCACGGAGAACAGAAAGUCUAAAGCAGCUCUUGACUCCUUUUGACAUUACUUUUGAAGUAUUCUACAAUUCCUUAUUUUCUCAGCAUUUUGGAAGCUUCCAGAAUCCCUCUAACAUAAUCAACAGCCUGAUGUGCUUUCUGGAGCUGCUUGAGCUUCUUGUAGCCUCCAGAAUCCACCUGAAACUGCACUUUAGGAGCCAGAGGAUGUUAUUUUUGAAACCCCAUGCUCUAGAUAUUCUUGCCUGGCCUAUUCCAGCUUUUAUAAAAAGGAAAUUGAUUAUACUCAUCAAAAAGUGCCUUCUAUGUAAAGUGGGCGAAGACCUCUGCCGUGAAUCUGUGCCCACCCUGAUGUCACCAGACCAUCUUCUGGACAGUGACAUGCUCGCUUUAGCUGAUGCACUUCUGCAGGCUGUGCAUUUGGGGUUGUGGAAGGCACUGACUGUUCCUGGAAAGCCUUCCUGCUUUGGAGGGGAUGAAGUUCAACCUGGGUGCAGACUCGGGGCUGGUCCUGAUCACGUGACCCUGAGAGCAGCAAGCUUAAUUACAGUGAAAUCCUUAGAAAUCAAGUUCCAGAAUUGUACCUCAGCAACAGAAAUGAAAGUUGACCUGCAGAAGUUCAUGUCUGAGUUAUUGGCCUUCUUAAAGCCUCACCUCCAGCCCUCUCUCCAACUGCACAACCCGUGUGAGUGGCUGUCCAGGGUCUUCAUAGAGCAGGACGAUGACAUGCUGGAAGCUGCCAAGGCCUCCCUGAGCAUCUACCUUCGCUUGACCAGAAAAUUGGAUGCUUCUGCAAGUCUGACCCAAGAACAGGAAGCAUGGGUCCGCUCCACACAUGGGCAUGGCUGCAACCCUCACUGUGUCUUCUUAUACUUCUUAAAGAAUAUAGCAUUUGAUUCUAUGGUUCUUCUUGACUUCUUGAUAUCCUCAGAAACCUGUUUCCUUGAAUAUUUUGUUAAAUAUUUAAAACUACUGCAGAAAGAUUGGGGCCACUUUCUGUCCACCUGUGAGUUCUGUGCUGCAGUGGAAUCACAAUGUGGACUAAAUGUUCAUGAUACUGUCUCCUCAUCUGCCUACAACCUAAGCAUCAGCCACACAGUACCUCAUGCUCCGGCUUCUCCUAUUGAAGAAAAUACUUGCCCCUGGCUCCCCCGGUCUUCUGAUGCCUCCUCUGGAUCCCAGAGCCAAGUCAUGAAGCCUCAGGAAACUCGCUCAGUGCCAGCUACUGGCCCACCUUCCCAGACACCACGGAGUUUGGUAGAUUAUGACAGCUCCGAAGCUUCUGAGGAAGAAACCACCAAUGAGCAUUCAGCAAACAGCAAACAGACACCUUUAUGUCAAGAAAUGACUGGGGAAAUCCAGGGCCUACCUAGGGCAUGUAAGGCUCAAAAGGAACGUAGCCCAGAGUCUCAGUCAAGGCCUCUGCUCUCUGCAGAGUCCAGGUCUCUUUUCUCUGCCAAGUGUGGAGUUGCUCCAGACGGGACUGUCUGGAAAGUGGGAUUGUUUCUUCGAACAGUGAAAUGCCUUGAGGAGCUACAGGGUGCAAUUUACCGUUUGCAGGAGAAAAAUCUCUUUCCAUAUAACCCAGCAGCCCUUCUGAAGUUGUUGAAAGGCGUGGAAGCCAAGUGUGAUAACAUGAGCCCCAGGUGACAUCGCAGCCUUUGUUUCCCUUUAUAUAAAUUGUCUAUCUAAGAUAAAUAAAAACAAACAAAACCUA